GCCAACAACCCCUUAGGACAUCCUGUAGCUAAUAAAGGUUUUGCAGAAUCAACGCGGGUGCUGUGGUGUGGAAAUAGUUUCAAUCCCCCUGUCUCGCUCCGAGAGGGAAUACUGACUAGAGGUAAAGAUUAUGCAAUCUCCCUAUUACUUCCUUAUGAAGCUCGGUCAAGGCGUGGACCAGUCCAUGAGUUGUUAGGAGUGUUUUCGUAAAGCGAGCUCCUUCUGAGGACGAUUUAUUCCGUCUAACUACUGCCUGUUUGGGAAACUAACUUUAUUUUGGAAACGAAACUGACUGAUAUUGCAUUUCACAUGGAUUAUUAAUGAAAGGAAAAAAGCGCCUGGUGUCUUUACGAGCAGGCUGAGAUUUUGUCUCUCGGGGUGUCAGAGGUGCUCUUCAGAUCCUGGUGAUGAUCAAGAGGAUUUGAGGAACAGUGACUGUGGUUUUCCUUAAACUGCACAAAGGACAGCAGACACAGAGAUGCUAUUUAAGGCCUGGGCUUUCUUAGCAUGUGUCUGGCUCCAGAUCCAUGUGACUUCAAAUGCUGAAACCUGUCCUGUAGACCAGCGAAAGGCUGUGGAUUUUACUGUUUUGUAUUCUUCACAUCAUUUCCAAACUUUAAAGCCCAUCCAAAACGUAGUGGUGUACAGAGAUUUUCCUGAGGUAUAUAUAGCCUCACAGAACCUGAUCGAGGCCCUGGACAGCAAUCUUGAGAAGAUAUGGGAGUUGCGAACUGGUCCUGUUGGCAGUCCAGAUUGUCAGACCUGCCACUGUGGUAUUACUGAUCCAAAUGCCUCAGUGGACACAGAAAAUCAAGUUCUACUUGUAGACACUUUACCUGUUUUGCCAUGGCUGUACAUAUGUGGGAGCAAUCAGUAUGGGAGCUGUAGUUUUGUUGAACUUACCGAAAAUGAAAUACCAUCUGAAGUCAAAUGUCUUUUUAAUAAAUCCAGGAACUCACCGACAGAUUGUCAUGAUUGCAUAGCUAGUCCUUUAGGCACAAAAGUCAGCAUUGUAGAUGAUGGCCACACAUCCUAUUUUUUUGUGGCUGCCACUAUCAACAGCACAACUGCAAGAGAUGGCAGACGUUCUAUCUCAGUGCGGCGUCUACUUUCUACAGAAGAUGGAUUCCAUCACGACAUCAGGGGCCUGACAGUACUUCCUAAGUUUCAGGAUCCAUACCCUAUUGAAUAUAUUUAUACUUUUUCUACCGAGGAAUACACAUACUUCUUGUCCGUGCAAAGAGAGAACCCAUCAGACACAAAUUCAGAUCUCCAGACUCAUCUGGGGAGACUGCCAAAUGUUGAUAGUGAAUCCUGGAUGUAUCGAGAGGUCAUCUUAGAGUGCCACUUCAGGCCCAAACGGAAGAGGAGGAGCUCUGACAAUGUUGUGUACAAUGUAGCCCAAGCAGCCCAUUUCAGCAUAGCAGAGAAGAACCUUGCAAAUGAACUAGGCAUAAUGUAUGAGAAACAGAAUAGUGUCUUGUACAUAGUAUUUGCUGUUACCAAUAAAGAGAGAAAUUUUACUCAAAGGUCCGCCCUUUGUGCAUUUUCAAUAGUGACUGUAAACCAAAUUAUCAAACAAGGUAUGGAUGCGUGCUGCAGCAGUAAGUCGGGACGACUCUCCCGGGGCUUGACUCACUUCCAGCCUAGCACUAGUUGUCCUCAUGAGGGAAAGGAUAGACAGAUCUGUGAAGCUAUACCCACCAUGGUGGCUACUCCUUACUCCAGAGCAGACUUCUUCAGUGGGCAAAUGACAGACAUACUCACCUCCAUUUUGGUUACCAGUAUUGGUAAUGACACUAUAGCACAUAUUGGGACUGAGCGUGGAAGACUGCUUCAGGUGAUUCUGACUAAGUCAAGCCCUCUUGUUUUUGCUAACUACUCUCUUGUGGAAGAGGAAGAGAAAGUGUCCCGCAUUGCUGCUGUACAGUCUGAGGAAUCUUUGCUCUUCGUGAUUGGAAACAAGCUGGUGACUGUGUCUCCUCAUGGACCUGGAUGCAGACAUCUGCUAACUUGUUCAGAGUGUAUGCAGGCUCCUCGCUUUAUGGGCUGCGGAUGGUGUAAUGGGGUCUGCUCAAAAGCGACUGAGUGCCAGGGCCAGUGGAAUAGUAACACUUGCCCUCCGUUUAUCACCAAGUUUUUUCCAAACACUGCACCACCUGAUGGUGAAACAGAGCUCACGCUGUGUGGCUGGGAUUUACAGUCUCCUCUAAAAUCUACGAUCUCUACAUCUACUCACCAAGUCAGUGUGGGACAGACCAACUGCUCCAUAAUACCCCAAAAGAGUAAUAGUACCCAAUUGGUAUGCAGGAUUCUGCCUCUGGUCACAGAUGUGUCGCAAGAUGUGGAGAUUAAUGUUAACGUGAAUGAGGAGAGAACAAAGCUUGGUUACUACAUCUCUGGACAGGCACACAUGCAAGGCUUCAGCUUUGUGACACCAGUUGUCAUUGAUAUCAGCCCUAUCAUUGGGCCCAUGACUGGAGGCACCAGGAUUACACUCUCAGGAAAACACCUGGAUGCUGGACAGACAAGAACAGUCCGUAUGGGUGAAAAGAUCUGCCCCAUUGAAAGCACAUUAAACAACGGGACCUGGUCCUCUGUAGUCUUUGUGUCUGAGGGAGUGGAGGAUCUGAAAGAGGUGAAUGUGACACUUCUAAUCGACCAGUCGGUUAUAUCUGGGACCAAACAGUUCAGCUAUAGUGAGAGUCCUAAAGUGUAUGAACUGAAACCUACCUGUGGUUUCAGCAGAGGUUCCAAAAUCAUCAUAGUGGGGGAAAAUCUGGACACUGUAUCUCAGACCACAAUUUAUUACAAACCCAAGAACUCUGACCAAGUAGAAAAAAGUGUGUGUGCAGGUCCUGUAAGCCCAACACAGAUGGAGUGUGUGACUCCAGCAUGUGAGGAUAAUUCAGAAGGUGUCCUCUCAGUGGAUAUGGAUGGAGCUAAAAAUCUUAUUUCUCUUUCUUUUAAAUGCCACCCCAAUGGCAAGCCAAUCCCUUUCGAAUAUGACAACAACCUGCUUCUACUUGAACCUGGGAAGGACAGAGUCUCACUUCAUCAUGAGAAACUGAACUCAGUAAGCGAAUGCAUGGACAUCACUAUGACAGUAAACGGUGUGAACUGCAAUGCUCGCGUUCGGGAAAGUGACCUUUUCUGCAGAAUCCCUAAAGAUAUGCAAAUCCCCAAGAACGGGGUACCUGUCCAGGUGUCAGUAAAUGGGGAGAUAUAUGACGUUGGCCGGGUAGCAUAUUCCAGUAGCAACCACACUGUUGGCAUCGUCUUGGGUAUUCUUGCAGCACUGGUUGCAGGGGCUGCUUUAGCCUUCAUAGUAAUGACCCAACUGCGCAAGCGGAAGAAAGCUAUGCAGGCAGAGUUUCGAUUGUCGAUGUUGUCCACUCGCACUGGAGAACUGUCACCUGUGGGAGAUUACAGACGAGAAAUGUCCAUUGGUACGUCACAUGGGUCAGGCAUGGCAUUCCCAGGGCUGAUGUAUGCCAGUGGUGUAGACCCUGCUGUUGCUCCCCUUAUGUCACCUCAAAUUAUCUCACUGUCGAACCUGAGGCCUGAGCUGCUGGAGGAGGUAAAGGAUGUUCUGAUCCCUCCUGAGCAGCUCAGCAUCCAGCAUGAUGACAUCAUUGGCAAAGGUCAUUUUGGAACUGUUUAUCAUGGCCACCUUAAAGACAGCGACAAUCAUGAAAUUCACUGUGCUGUGAAGUCAUUAAACAGGAUUACAGAUUUGGAAGAGGUGGAACUUUUCUUGAAAGAGGGCAUCCUGAUGAAAGCCUUUCACCACCCUCAUGUUCUCUCACUGCUUGGUAUCCUGUUACCUGCUGAUGGCCUUCCCCUUGUGGUCCUGCCGUACAUGAAACACGGAGACCUCAGACACUUUAUCCGCUCUAAAACAAGGAAUCCCACAGUAAAGGACCUGAUAGGAUUUGGGCUUCAGGUUGCUAAGGGAAUGGAGUAUUUAGCACAAAAGAAGUUUGUGCACAGGGAUCUAGCAGCACGAAACUGCAUGCUGGAUGAGACGUUUACAGUCAAGGUGGCUGACUUUGGCAUGGCACGGGACAUCUUGGAUAAAGAGUAUUACAGCAUUCAAGACCAUAAAAGAGCCAAACUUCCUAUCAAAUGGAUGGCCAUAGAGAGUUUACAGACUCAAAAAUUUACCACCAAAUCUGACGUGUGGUCAUUUGGUGUGUUAAUGUGGGAGAUGCUGACCAGAGGGGCGAGUCCAUAUCCCGAUGUUGACCCUUAUGAUAUGACACAGUAUCUAUUACAGGGACGGCGACUGCCACAGCCUCAGUACUGCCUUGACUCCCUGUGGUGUAUCCUGUUGCAGUGCUGGAAUCCUGAGCCUGAUUUCAGGCCAACUUUCUCCAUGCUGGUGAAGAAUUUGCAGGAGAUUCACUCAAUGUUGGAAGGAGAACACUAUGUUAACCUUCAAGUGAAUUAUGUGAACCUGGAGCGAGGACGUCCGUACCCCUCUAUUGCUUUUGCCUCUCCGUCACUGCCCGAGAGCCACAGCACUGAAACACUGGAUAGGUUGGAGAAUAGUGGAGAAACUUAAUUUUCAGCCAACAUCGCUGAAGGGAUCAUUUAACGACGCUUGUGGAAUGUAUGAAACAAUGUGUCAUUUGGACAGAUUUUGAGGCAUCCAGCAGUGUGUCAGUUUUCAGUAUGGAGUUACUACUUGGCCAGAAGUAUUAAAUAUAAUCCAAUGAAAUGCCACAGUCACUUGAGUAGGUGUGGCUAAUCUUAAAAGGACAUUACUCCAAAUUUUAACUGACCAUUAAACGUUUAUUUUAUUAGACGUUAAUUUAUUAUUAAUUAAAUGAAAAUUAAGGAUGUACUAGGAAGUGAAAUUAAAAACUCUGUUGAAAAAGAAAAUGAUAGAAACAAUAGUUAAGGGAGCUUAUAAUUUUCUUUUUCUUUUGUAAGUUAGAAUUACUUCUUACUUAGUUUAAUUCUUAAAGAUUUUGAUGUUCAGGGUUUUUAUAAAAUAUAUAUUUUUUGUUGUGUAAAUUUUUGACUGUAGCUUCCAAAGAGUUUUCACAUUACAGUAACAUCACAUACAUGAGCCAUCACACUGAGCAUGACACUGGAAUAUGGUACCACAUUUAUUCUCAGGUUUGCUCUAGUCCUUCUGGACUAGGUGUUUACUGUGUUGAAAAGACAUGUAAUGCUGUUUUGCACUGAACAGUAGAUUAUUUUUGUAUUUUACAGUAGCAUUUAAUUGUUACUUGUUUUCUGACUGAGUUUGAACAAAUGUCUUACAUACUGUAUUUCUCAUCAUAUUGUUUUAAUUACACAUGCAAGGAAUGUUAACAAAGAUUUUAUGUUGAUUGAAUGUAGAUGUACUGUAUAUAGCAAUUAUGUCAUACUGAAACAGUUACAUAACCCUGAUGUUUACGCAAUGUUCUUAUCAUAUUCUAUUUACACAAUGAAACCAGACAGUUCUGAUUAUCCAAUAACUUGGUCUUGAUUACAUAUGUUUCUAAUGAAUUACCUGAAAACAUGACCAAAUUAAAAUAAGCUUGCCAAAUUA